AGCACCCCCUGUCGACGGCCGGCUGCAAUAACAGUUGGAAGGGAGCAAGUUGAGAGGUCGCGUUAGCAACGAGGUGACACUGCUUCAAUGUUUAUUUCAGCUCCUCCUUAAUCCAAAACUAACAAGAAACCCACCGACAAACAUCUGUUUUCCACCCCCAAUUCAGGCUCCGUAGUAUUCAAAGGGACAUCUAGCCGGUAAGCUUCCGUUAGCCCAGCAGGUUGCUAUGUCGCAGGGAAGCGGUUGGACAAACUCGUCUGAGCUACAUCGCUUUAUUUGAAAAGCUCGUCAAAAGAUGGCCGUGUCGGUGCGGGGCUUGUACUUUGUACUGACCCUGUUCUUGGCCAGUUUCUUCGGGAGCGUCUUCAUGCUGGGUCCGGUCUUACCGCUCAUGCUGCUGUCCCCCGCCUGGUACCGCUGGAUUACCGACCGCAUCGUCGCCACCUGGCUCACUCUGCCCGUGUCUCUCCUGGAGCUGGUGUUCGGCGUAAAAGUGGUGAUCACGGGCGAUGCCUUCGUCCCUGGCGAGCGUAGCGUCAUCAUCAUGAACCACCGCACGCGUCUGGACUGGAUGUUCCUUUGGUGCUGCCUGCUGCGCUACAGCUACCUGCGCCUGGAGAAGAUAUGCCUCAAGGCCGCGCUCAAGGCUGUGCCCGGCUUCGGCUGGGCCAUGCAGGUGGCCUGCUUUGUCUUCAUCCAUCGUCGCUGGGAGAAAGACAAGGAGCACUUGGGGAAUAUGCUGGACUACUUCUGUGACAUCAGAGAACCCCUGCAGCUGCUGCUCUUCCCAGAGGGCACGGAUCUCACCGAAAACACGAGAGUGCGCAGCGACGAGUUUGCCGUGCAGCACCACCUGCCCAAAUACCAACACGUGCUGCAUCCGCGCACCACCGGCUUCACUUUCAUUGUGGAGCGAUUGCGAAAAGGAGACAACCUGGACGCGGUGCACGACAUCACCGUGGCUUACCCCAAGAACAUCCCGCAGACCGAGCGCCACCUCAUGCUGGGCCUCUUCCCCCGUGAGAUCCACUUCCACGUGCGGCGCUAUCCCGUCGCCACGCUGCCCGCCGCCUCCGCCGAGCUGGAGUCGUGGUGCCGUGAGCGCUGGGCCGAGAAGGAGUCGCGCCUGCAGGACUUCUAUUCAGGCCAGCCGCGGGCCUUCGACCGGGAGGGCGCGGCACGGGUGCCGCCGUGUAAGUCGGAGCUGCGCGUAGCGCUGAUCAAAGCGGUCUCGCUGCUCUACUGGACCGGCUUUAUUGCGCUUUGCUUCGCCGGCCUGUGGUUGUGGGCUCCCGUCAGGUUGUACUUCCUGGUGGUGGUGGGCGUGUACGUUGCCCAGCAGAAGAUGGCGGGCGGGCUGGAGCUGGUGGAAUUGGCCUGCCAUCGCUAUUGGACCUCUGUGGCGGCCAGUGGCGAUGACAAGAUGGCGGAUGGAAAAACGCAGUGAGGACUCCUUUUGUGCGGUCCUCCUUUAGAAAGGGAAUCACCUACAGGCUGCUUGCUUGACCUCAGCAGGAGCCUCAAGAGGGGCGUGUUGUCCACAUCCCUCUUUUUGUCUCCUUUUAUUACCUCCGCUUACUAUGAAUCGCACCAGACAACAAAGUUUUUGCAGGAUGACGCAUAUGCUACCACCAAAUUAUUGGUGCAGUCCUGCGUUUCCAGUGCACGGUACUUGCUCGGUUUUGGUUCGUGUUCCAAUUCAUAAUUGUCCAACAGGAAUCAACGACGCUCAAACUUAACAAAUUCUACUUCAUUGAAUGCAUUUGUCAGAGACGAAACAUGCCAACAAAUUACAACAAUCUAGAAUGAUUACUUAGAGACUGACGGCAGCAAAAAAAAA